CAUCUGACGCCCUCGGCUACGCCGGAGGACAUCACCUGUCUGGUGCCUGCCGGCUCGGUCCUGACCUCAAGGGAUCCCUUGCCGCCUAGCACCACCCCCGGCAGCCAAGCCAACAGCUCGCAAUCCGGCAGCUCGCAAACGGAUAAAUCACCGAACAUCGAGUGCGUCGUCUGCGGAGAUAAAAGCAGCGGCAAACAUUACGGACAAUUCACUUGCGAAGGAUGCAAGAGUUUCUUCAAGAGGAGUGUGAGGCGAAAUCUAACGUACUCGUGUCGAGGGAGUAGAACUUGUCCGAUCGACCAACACCAUAGAAACCAGUGCCAGUUUUGCCGCUUGAAAAAGUGCCUGAAGAUGGGCAUGCGCCGGGAAGCUGUGCAAAGGGGGCGAGUGCCGCCGUCGCAACCCUCGCUGCCGGGUCUGCCGGGCCAGUUCGCCCUGACGAACGGGGACGCGGUCGCGUGUGCCAGCCUAAACGGACACUCUUACCUCUCGUCGUACAUAAGCCUGCUGCUGAGGGCGGAGCCCUAUCCGACCUCGAGAUACGGCCAGUGCAUGCAGCCCAACAACAUCAUGGGCAUCGACAAUAUCUGCGAGCUCGCAGCGCGGCUGCUCUUCUCGGCGGUUGAGUGGGCCCGGAACAUCCCGUUCUUCCCGGAUCUUCAAGUGACGGACCAGGUGGCCCUGCUCAGGCUAGUGUGGAGCGAGCUGUUUGUCCUGAACGCGAGCCAGUGCUCAAUGCCCCUCCACGUGGCACCGCUUCUAGCGGCGGCAGGCCUUCCCGCCUCGCCGAUGGCAGCGGAUCGCGUGGUCGCCUUCAUGGAUCACAUCAGGAUCUUCCAGGAGCAAGUGGAGAAACUCAAGGCGCUUCACGUCGACUCCGCAGAGUACAGCUGCCUCAAGGCCAUCGUCCUCUUCACCACUGACGCCUGCGGACUCUCGGACGUGGCGCACAUCGAAUCCCUUCAGGAAAAAUCGCAGUGCGCCCUAGAGGAGUACUGUCGGACCCAGUACCCGAAUCAACCGACAAGGUUUGGCAAGCUGCUGCUGCGACUACCGUCGUUACGCACGGUCUCGUCGCAGGUAAUCGAGCAGCUCUUCUUCGUGCGGCUGGUAGGCAAGACGCCGAUCGAGACGCUCAUCAGGGACAUGCUGCUGAGCGGCAACAGCUUCAACUGGCCCUACAUAUCCACGAUGUGACACUCUGUCUGGCGGCAGCUAGCUUCCGCAUAAUAUUAUACCUCGAAUAGCGGUGUCGCGGCGCCCGAUAAUAACCCGCGAGCUCGAUUCGCGUAAGAGUAGAAAAGAAUCGGGCGCGGGGCGAGGGUGGGCGACGCCGCGAAUCUCGAAUAUGCUUGAUACGAAGGGCGAGAACGGCGAACGGUAGGGCGCGAUAUCGGUCUUGUUUGUCGCGAGAUCUCGAGGUCGAAGAUCAACGCGUCAUUCUUGUCAACAUCGUCAUUAACCCACUUACGUAUCCGCGUUGCUCUUAGCGCCGUGACGCGACAAUAUUCUUUGUCAUUGAUACUUAUUGUACUCGCGUUUUGCUAGACCUGUACGGUACUCACGACGAAUCAGAAUAUCUCAAUCAGAACUUGAAAACUUUUGUACUCUGAGCAGACGCAACUUGAUAUCAGAAAGAGAAAGAGAACGCAAAAAAGAAAAAAAGGGUUAGAUAGCGAGACUUAAGCAAAAUCAUUAACGAAGUUCGACCGAAGGUGAUAAGAGAAUGCGCGCAGAAUGGCGAGAAAGGUGGGCUUAAGAUGAGGAGAGAUCGUCUCAUCAGAAGAGAAGAAUUUUCGGUGACGUGCAGAGACAAGCGAAAGAGA